GUCACGCUUGGCCUGCCGGGAAGGGGCGGAGCGCGGCCGCGCCGGCGCGUCGAGCCAGAAGCAGCCGCCGGGAUGGACGUGUUUCUCAUGAUCCGGCGCCACAAGACCACCAUCUUUACGGACGCCAAGGAGUCGAGCACGGUGUUCGAACUGAAGCGCAUCGUCGAGGGCAUCCUCAAGCGGCCGCCAGAGGAGCAGCGGCUGUACAAGGACGACCAGCUCCUUGAUGAUGGAAAAACUCUGGGCGAGUGUGGCUUCACUAGUCAGACCGCACGGCCACAGGCCCCAGCCACAGUGGGCCUGGCCUUCCGAGCAGCUCUUUUCCCUUCCACAGAUGAAGCCUUUGAAGCUCUGCGCAUAGAGCCCUUCUCCAGCCCUCCAGAGCUUCCAGAUGUGAUGAAGCCACAGGAUUCUGGAGGCAGUGCCAAUGAACAAGCUGUGCAGUGAGGGCCCCAGGCCUACCCCCUAGAAACCCAUUCCCCCAAUAAAAAAAAGAUUUGGCUGUCUA